GAAUAGCCGUUCAUGCAAUUACGAAAAUUAUCCUUAUGUUGGACGGUAUAUUGGUACAACGUGCUGAAUCAAUGAUAACAACUAAAGGCGGCUUGCCCGAAAAAUCGCAAACUAAAAUGAUGCAAGACACCUUUGUUGCCGUAGGGCCGGGCCCAUGGAAUUACCAAACUGGCGCUGAUAUUGCCCUUUCAGUUAAAGAAAGUGCUCGUGUGCUCUUGCCGGAAUAUGGUGGUACCAAAGUUCAAUUGGAGAAUAAGAAGGAAUAUUUACAUUUCUUACCUUUCAUCU